AGUCAAGGAUCUCCAAAACAGUUGCCAAAAUAUCCAGUAUCUGCUAAAAAUUUUAAUAAAAAGAUGCCAAUUGCCAAAUUCAUUCAAAAAAUAAUUACAGCAACCUUAUCCGAUAAUAUAGAUAUGUCUGUAAAUAUUGUAAAUGAGAGUGCUGAAGAUUCUAUAGAAAAAAAAUUAGCUCAAUUAUUUCAAAUGGCUUAUCGUAUAGUUGAAGAUAGAGUAGAUCAACUUAUUGUAGAUGGUUAUGAAGAUAAUGCUAUACGAACUGAAUUAUAUAAUAAAAUAUUUCCAUUAAUUUCAG